AUGGCCUCGGAACACCAGGCGCCCCGCUUUUGCGCCGACUGCUUCAAGGGCACCCUCCGCGGCGACGCCGAGCCCCAGGGAACCGAGGAGACGAUCAACGGCCUGCCGACCUACGUCGCGCGGCCCGAUCCGGACCGUGAGCCCGCCGGCGUCGUGGUCAUCUUGCCGGACGCUUUUGGAUGGGAGCUGCGGAACACCCGCGCGCUGGCCGAUGCGUACGCCAAGCGGAUCCCGGCGGUGGUGCUGGUUCCCGAGCUUAUGAACGGCUACGGUGUGCCCGAGUCCGCCCUGGCCAUGGCCGACAAGAUGCAUGGCGAAAAAUCAUGGUUCUGGAAGUACUUUGUCAUCGCGCCCGUCGUCGUGGCCACUUUGAUCCGGCACUUCAUCCCCCUCCUCGUCGCGACACGCUCGGGCGUCGUCAUCCCCCGCAUCGGCAACUUCCUCCGCGCCGUGCGCCUCGCGCCGCCCGCCCCUCUCGCCCAGCCGUCGGCCUCCUCGUCGACGUCCGUCGACUCGGUGCGCGCCGCGCAAAAGACCACCAAGAUCGGCGUCGCCGGGUUCUGCUGGGGCGGUAAGUACACCGUGCAGCUGACGCAGCUCGGCGCCGGGCCGUUCGGCGCUCAGCCGCUCGUCGACUGCGGGUACACCGCGCACCCGAGCUUUCUGAGCCUGCCGGGGGACCUGGAGAAGGUGGUGUUGCCGCUGAGCGUGGCGAACGGAGACGACGACAUGAUGAUGCCCAAGGCCAAGAUGGCGCAGGCCAAGGAGCUGUUGGGCGAGAAGGAGAACUGCGAGAUUGUCGAGUACCCGGGCGCCAAGCACGGGUUCGCCGUCAGGGGAGAUCCGAAUGACCAGAGCCAGGCGGAAUAUGGGAGGAGGGCCGAGGACCAGGCCGUGAGUUGGUUCCGGAGGUGGUUUGGGCAGGGCGCGGAAGAGUGA